ACUGUCUCUGUGGAUCUAUCUGUAUGUGUGUUUAUGUGCUUCUUUCCUCUCUCUCUCUGGGCUGUUGCUGUCUCUAGAGGAAGCCUCUCCUUUAUGCAUACACACCCCAAGCACACUAACUAAUGAACUAGUGAGCAGCAGCACCUCCUGACCGCCAUUCCGCACCCAAAAAAACUUUCCAUUUCCCUCUUCCCACUCUUUGGGACUUCCUUUUGAUCCCCUCCACCCCCACCUCGUGUGUGUGCAUGUCUGUGCAGAGGAAGAGGGGGAGCAAAGAGUGUGUGAGGGCUGCUGGAGAUUUACAAUCCGCCUUCACGCUUUUGGGACCUAGGAAAAGAAGAGUUCCACCAUGGACUGCAAGUGAAAGGAAGUCUGCCUCGUGUGUGUGUGGUUUUUUUUUUUUGCAGAAGUUGAGGCUUUUUCCUCUGUCGCUUGCCGAAGUGUGAGCUGUGCCUUUAUUACACGUUGAGGGAGGAUAUCUAAAAAUAGGAAACUGGCCUGAAGUAGAAACUGGAGGAAUCUGGAAAUUUUGGUAGCAUUUCUUUCCAGAGUGAUGUCUCUACUGUCAUGAUGUAACAGAGCUAUCCUGGCUUAACUGGAAAACAAUACAGGAGUAUACUUCUGUGGAUAUCAUUAAACAGAGGGGAAAGCAGAUUACUUAUUAUAAGGAGCAGACACUGAAGGCACUCAGAGGCACUUAAAUAAUUUCUCCAUAGUCGAAUGUAAAGAUCUCCAUGGUAACUCAAACCCCCAGAAUCUUCUCACCAGCCUGCAAGAAGCAGUUUUCAACAGCUCAGAGGUCUUGUGACCAGAGCGUGGAUCACACUUCUGGCACACCUCAUCAUAUUGAGGUGGGGUUAAGAUGAGCAUAACCAGUGACGAAGUGAAUUUUUUGGUGUAUCGCUAUCUCCAGGAGUCAGGUUUCUCCCAUUCAGCCUUUACAUUUGGAAUAGAGAGUCAUAUUAGCCAGUCCAACAUCAAUGGAACACUAGUGCCACCUGCUGCCCUCAUCUCCAUACUUCAGAAAGGCCUGCAGUAUGUGGAAGCUGAGAUCAGCAUCAACGAGGAUGGCACAGUAUUUGAUGGCGGCGACCAGUUUAUAGAGUCUCUAUCGCUGAUUGAUGCAGUAAUGCCACGAUUGCCAUGUAGUACAGACCGGCAACAGGCUUUCAGGGAGAAAUUGAAGCCUCAACAGCAAGCCAAUAUUGGUGCAGCACCAGCCACCACAAUAGCACCAGCCACCACAACAGUGGCAGCAGCAGCGGCAAAUCGACAACAGCUGUUCCAGAACACACCAAAGAAUGGGGAAGCCUACUACUCGAAUGGAGAGGAGAAUGGGGCGAUGCAACAGAAUAAUCAUCAUUCAAAGCCAAUGGAAAUUGAUGGGGAUGUUGAAAUUCCUCCUAACAAAGCAACAGUCCUCCGUAAGCCACCAUGAAUCACCUGAAGGGUCUUUUAUCACUGUGCCUGGAAUCCUGUCGAGUGAUUCAUUAGCAUCGUAGGUAAACUCAACUUAGCCCUAAUAUGGAAUCUUAAUGAAAACAGCAACAGCGGUAGUUCCACUCAGCCAUGAUUUUUGAGGCACUGUAUAAAGAAGGAGGCCAAUGAUGUCCCCAGCAAUAAGGAUGUAACAUCGUUGGACUGGAAUUCAGAUGCUCAAUUGUUGGCAACGGGAUCAUAUGUUAACUUUGUCUGUUUUAGGGAACCUUACCGGCUUGCAAGCACCUUAGGUCAACCCAUUGAUAAGGUCCCAUUUUUGCUCCCUGAAGUGGAACAAAAGGGGAAUUACAUUUUAAGUGCUGGUGCGUUGGAUAAAACAACAAUAAUUUGGGAUGCUCAUACAGGAGAAGCCAAACAACAGUUUCCUUUCCACUCAGCCCUGCUCUGGAAUGUAGACUGGCAGAACAACACCGCUUUUGCAUCCUGCAGCACUGAUAUGUGCAUUGCCAUGUAUGUACCGGCUUUAGGUUGUGAAGCGUCCUGUAAACUUUUUCAAGGCCAUACGAAUGAGGUCAAUGCAAUCAAAUGGGAUCCCUCUGGUAUGCUUCUAGCGUCUUGCUCAGAUGAUAUGACAUUAAAGAUAUGGAGUAUGAAGCAAGACGUAUGUGUACACGACCUUCAGGCACAUAACAAAGAAAUUUAUACUAUCAAAUGGAGUCCAACGGGACCAGGCACUAGCAACCCGAACUCCAAUGUUAUGUUAGCAAGUGCUUCAUUUGACUCUACUGUUCGAUUGUGGGACGUUGAAAGGGGAGUCUGCACGCAUACAUUAACCAAACAUCAAGAACCCGUCUACAGUGUAGCUUUUAGUCCUGAUGGAAAAUACUUAGCAAGUGGGUCCUUUGACAAAUGUGUCCAUAUAUGGAAUACUCAGAGUGGAACUCUGGUUCAUAGCUACAGAGGCACUGGGGGAAUAUUUGAAGUCUGCUGGAAUGCUAGAGGAGAUAAAGUAGGAGCCAGUGCAUCUGAUGGAUCCGUUUGUGUUCUAGACUUGCGAAAAUAAAGGCUUUAGACAACAUUGCAAAUGGACCAGCAGUUGAAUGUGUGGGUAGAAGCAUUCUUCAAAACUAUUCUUGACAUCUUUAGGACUGCAAGAAUUGGGGGGAAACACAGGAACAAGGGGAAAGCUAGAGUGUGAAACAGAACCAGCUCUCCCAGGUGCCUGAAGUCUGCAAAGUUUUGUCCAUAACAUUCACAAAGGAGUCACUUAGGGGGAGGGUAUGGGGAUAGGUUCUACCUUGAACUUUGAGCCAACGGAGGUAAGAAGACCUCCACCAGCUAAAAGCUUGCCUGUCUGGUUGGGUCUCCAGGAACUCAAUCUGAUGACUGCAGAAGAGCAGAAGAAAAGCUGUGCCAAAAAUAAUAAAAAAAUAAUAAUAAACCUAUAAAGCUAAAGUGCUUUGAUUAAACCAAAAUGGGAAGAAGAAUCCUACUCCUCCAUGUGGUGUUGUAUUUCUUUCCUUCCAAUUGGGACACUACAGUUACUCUCCCAAAGGUCCUUCAAAGACCAGUUUGUACCAACAAUGUGUGCAACUUUGUAAUCACAACACUUUGUAUUUUCUAGACUACUUUUAUUUGUUCGAUGGACUUUUGUUUUCCUAACAGCUGGAACAUUAGGCCUUGAGGAUCACAGGCUGUAGCUUUGAACUGAGUAUUUUCUUCUCUUUUUCCAGUCUUUUUUUUUCUUGGUCUGUGGUUUUCCCCACCCUCCUCCUCUAUGCCUUCAGUAGAUGCAGCCAGGUGGGCAAAAUGAAAUGGUGUAACAGACUGCCUCUCUCUCCUCUUUUAUUGUCUUCCCUUUUUAUCCUCCUCUCCCAACUUCUUCCCCUUCUGUUUUUUAAUUAUUCCAUGCUUCAGAUCUUAGCGUCUCAAGGGCACUUUCAUCAGAUUGUGUAAUAAGUGCUUUAUGUAAGAAUGCAGUGCCGGGAAAGCUUUUUACUGGAGAAAAAUGACUUUUUAAAAAAAGAAAGAACUCAGUGUAUUUUUGGAGAGAGAAAAGUAUUUUUUACGUUAAACACAAUUUUAGAAGUUUAGAAUGUCCACCAGAUGUAGGCUGGAUUGUGUUAGUCGUUUGAAAGAACAAUGCAGAUGGAAUCUGAUACACAUUUAAAGAUGCAGUAUCCCUUUUAUCUCCUCAUAAAAGGCAUUUUGCUAAAACAACAAAGGUCAGGGUGCUGCUUCUUUUUGAUCAGCCUUCUGCAAGAGGAAAAACAAAAGAGUUGGGUGGUUUAGUUUCAUUGGCAGAACUUCAUGAUGGCAAUUAUAACUAUUUGUUUCUUUUUUUUUAAAGUGAUAUUUCUGUUCUGAUUCAUAUAUCCAAAUAACUACUGUGAGAUAUAUCCAGAGUAGCCUAUGGCCUGAUUGUGGCAUUCUAUUCCAAGUGAUUUUUUAAAAUUGAUCUAUGUGAUCAGAGUCUAGCAUUCAGAGUAUAUGGAAAUAACCUUGUAUUUAAUUUGCUGACCCUUUUUGUUUACAAAUCAGGGCAGUCUAGGACCACGAUAUUAGAGAGUGGCAGAGUGUUAUGUUUCCAGUGAACUGUACUGCUUCUCCAUUUGCCCAAGAUAAAAUGCCAAUGUGACAAGGUUAGGAUUUAUAUGUGGACUUAAGCAAGCAAAACAAAGGUUGGAAUUGUCAAAGAACCACCUGUUGUUGUGGCUUUUCUUUAUCCUUGACAGUUCUGAAAUAUGGCACCUGGAUUCACCUGUGAUGGUUAGCACUGUGAAUAGCUCUGCUGCAAGCUCUUCUGGAGGGGAGGCAACUGCAUCUUUAAUGUGGUCACUCUACAGGACAUCCCAUGGCCUCAUCAUGGAAGGGAUCAACAAGUAUUAGUCCCCUCACACAUAUUAGAAAUUGUAUUUUUAUUUUUGUUCUUCAAAAAACAAACUAGCUAACUUUAGAGCCAAGUGAAGUGCACUUUGUCAAGCAUAAGGGUCGUCUUUGUUUUUUUUUGGGGGGGUGUCUUUUGUUUCUUUUUGGCCUUUUUUAAUGUGGUUCUUUGUCAAUUGCAGAAUUUGUUCUCUCAGCCACUCACUGAUCAUUCUGAAUUCUGGCUACUAAAGUUUUUUAUUGUCUGUGUCAGACUUGAAGCCAGACUUGGUUCUCAUUUCAGCAUUUCCCAGAUUCUGUUGAAACAUAUGCUUCCCCUGCCUUUCCUCCCUGCUGCCAUUUUGUCCACACACACCCUCCCGCACACUCACGCGCUCUUUGUCUCUCUCUUUAUCAUCAGAUCAUCUUGUAUGUUGUAGUUCAUUUGAUUCAAGGAGAGAAUCAACAGAUCAUAUUCAGUGUCUUGAAUAAAUUGCUAUAUUUUGAUAUUAGAAAA